AUGUCUUCAGACCUCACCGCAGCCAUGCGGGCAACGACGGAAGGCUUUCUCCACGACUUCGAAGGACAAUGGGAAGAAGGCGCGACUCUAUCUUACAGAUCUCCUGAAUGCAAACAUGUUAUGCUACCCGUAUCUCUGGGAAUCCCCGCCAGGAGCAACGACGACUUUGAGACAUACUUCAAGAGGGUUGCGCCGCUUGUUCGCGAAGCUGUGAUGACCAUCAACGACUUCGUCGCCGCCCCAGUAGACCGUCGCGCCGUCUGUCGUUCCUCAAUGACCGCCAUGACGGACGCAGGAAAGUUUGAAAACGAGUAUGUCUGGUUCUUUACGUUUGAUGAGAGCGGGAGGAAGAUUACGCAUAUUGAGGAGUUUUUGGAUAGUCAUGCUACGAAGGCGAUUCGGGAGAGGUUUAGCAAGGCGGGUUUGUUGAGCCAGUCGCAUUGA